AUAAACAAAAUUUCCCCCUGGUUAAUAGUAAAGCGAUCGACAGAAAUAUAUGGCGACGGGGAGCGGCGGACCAGCGGCGGCGAAGAUAGUAUGGAACGAGAGACAGAAAAGGUUUGAAACAGAGGACAAGCAAGCAUACUUGCAGUACGAGUUGAGAAACGGUGGAAAAUUGAUGGAUAUAGUUCACACCUUCGUUCCAUCAAGCAAGAGAGGCUUAGGUUUAGCUUCACAUCUCGCUGUUGCCGCCUUCAAUCACGCUCAAUCCAACUCCUUAUCCGUUAUCCCUACCUGCUCUUACAUCUCCGAGACAUUUGUACCUAGAAAUCCAUCUUGGAAGUCUGUAUUGUACUCUGAAGAUCUCAAAUCAAGCAUUUAAAAGUGUUGUAGUUAGCUUUGCUGCAGAAUAAUAAGCCAAAUGUUGAAGGAAUGUCAUUGGCCAUAUAUGUCCCUUUGUAGCAUACUUAAGAGUUUAAUUUCAUACAUGUAAUAUUCACUUUGGGUACGAGUGAAAAACUUUAAUUUACCAAGAUUAUUAUAGAAAACGAGUUAUUUAUAA